CUUUCGGCCACCGUAGUUUUAGCCGAAGACUUCCUGUCAUGGCUGUCAUUGCUAAUGUUUACAGGAGGGCUUUUUAUUAAUUUAGCUUUUUAUGCGACAUAGCUGGUUAGAAAUGGCAGCUGUUUUCCUAGUGACCUUGUACGAGUACUCCCCGUUGUUCUACAUCAGUGUGGUUUCUUUGUGUUUUGUUGUUACCGCUGCCAUGGUGCUUGGCUGGUUUGGUUUUGAUGUCCCUGUUAUCCUUCGCAGCCAUGAUGAGAGAGAGUCUAUUCUACCAAAACCAGAGAAGCAAAUGGUUCAAGUGACAAAUCCCUUUGCCCUUGAGUUGGGAUCUGGGCCAGCAUCAGUCACUGAUGGCAUAUCGCUGAGGCUUUGCUGUUUGGAGCCCUGUGUCCUGAGCUGUUUCUGGGGCUGUGAGGUCAGUGCACUGUGGGAGGCGCUGCAGGCUCACCAGCAAGGACUAAAGCUAAGCACCCCUCAGCAUUUCCAGGAGGCUCUACACCUUCGUUACCACCACCACCAGAGCUUUCAUAUUGGUAGUGAAGACAGAGAGGAACUCCACUCACAGCUUCCUGUUGACCAGGGGAUCAAAGACUUUGGGUCGUUACCCAGGAAACACUAUCCUCUUGUGGCUGUGUUGAUGCUUGCAGAGCCAGAUGCCAGAGACAAAUACAACAUUGUGGCCAGUGUGACAGUUAUUCAUGUUCCAGAUGACAAGCACUGUCUUUCUGCAAGGGUUCUCUUUCAGCACCUUCUAACCUCACAAGGCAGCAUGUACGAGCUAAAGCCCCUCUUCAUGUCAGCUGACAGCGGGAGCUUCGGACCUCCUGACUCACAGCAGAAUCCUUCUCUCAGUGAGCACACUGAGGCAGCCAGUGAAGCAGGACUGAGACCAGUGUCACCAGAGAGGGAAGUGGAAGCUGAGGACUGGUCAGAGGGGACAAGCAGAGACUGUGUGGUGUGUCAGAAUGCAGCAGUGAACAGGGUGCUGCUGCCCUGUCGGCAUGCCUGCGUGUGCGACAGCUGCGUGUCACACUUCCAGCACUGUCCCAUCUGCAGGGCCUUUGUCAUAGAGUCGUUUGCUCUCACAUGGGAGCCAGCUGUGGAACAGGGACUCUAAACUGCCUGCAGCAAAAACAGUACAGUUUAGGAUAUACACCGUGGUAUCUCGUGGUGUUUUUUUUUUUCAAUUCUGUUUGCUGCUGACAAUUUUAGAUGAGUCACAAAUAUGCCUUGUUGCAGCAUAGGUUUUACCAUCAGCACAGACACUUGCAUACAUGUGGUUAUGUCUAUACUUAAAAGUACCACUGUGAAUGUAUAGAUGAGCCUUGUGACUUUUAGUUGAUUUUUAACUUGUAAAGUAUGUAGUUGGAUGUUUUCAUGUACAGAAUAUUUGUUCUCCACCUUGUGUAUUAUGAUUUGACUUUUUACAGGACCAGCUCAGUAUUUAUUAACUACAGCCAACUGGUUCCCAAUCUGUAAUUUGUGUACACGAUGGAUCUAGGCAGCUGUGAUGUGUAAGAAAGAUUCUUUUGACAAAA